AUGGCUUCAACUCCAGCGACUGGCAACGCUGUCGCGCAGACCGAAGAUGCAGGACUCCUCCACCACCCAUACACCCGCGCCGCCCUGCCCUUCAUCAACGGAGGUCUGGCCGGUAUGACCGCCACCGCGGUGAUCCAGCCCGUCGACAUGGUCAAAGUACGACUGCAACUCGCCGGCGAAGGUGCCCGCACAGGACCCAAGCCCUCCGCACUAGGAAUCACCCGCAACAUCAUCGCCUCCGGCAAAGUCCUCGACCUAUACACCGGCCUUUCCGCCGGCCUCCUCCGCCAAGUCUUCUACACCACCGCCCGCCUAGGCUUCUUUGAAACCUUCAUGAAAAACCUCAACGCCAAAGCCAAAGCCAACGACCGCCAAGUGACCUUCGCCCAGCGCGCAGCAGCGGGCCUAACCGCCGGCGGCAUCGCAGCCAUGAUUGGAAACCCAGCCGACUUGGCACUCAUCCGCAUGCAGUCCGACGGUCUCAAGGCCCCCGAAGCACGCGCGAACUACCGCGGCGCCUUCGAUGCGCUGGCUCGCAUCGCGCGCGCAGAAGGCGUAGCCGGACUCUGGGCGGGUGCGACCCCAACCGUUGUGCGAGCCAUGGCACUGAACAUGGGACAACUGACGUUCUUCUCCGAGGCCAAGUCCCAGCUGAAGCAGCAUACGGCCCUGUCGACUACGAGCCAGACAUUCGCCGCGUCGGCGAUUGCAGGCUUCUUUGCUAGUUUCUUGUCUCUGCCGUUCGAUUUCAUCAAGACGCGUCUGCAGAAGCAGCAGAAGGAUAGCUCGGGGAAGCUGCCUUAUAAGGGAUUGGUGGAUUGUGCGCGCAAGGUUGCCAAGGAGGAGGGCUGGUCGCGCUUCUACCGGGGCUUCGGCACUUACUAUGUGCGGAUCGCUCCUCAUGCGUUAGUGGCCCCCACUUUUCCCCGGUUUCUCCACUGA